AUGGCUGUUCCGAGGCCAUACACCGUGCCAGACGCCACCGAGUCAGCCUUCCAGGCCAAUACGUGGACCAGCACCCUCCUCAAGAACCCAUCCUACCAGCCAAUCGAAACCUACUGCCGAAGACAAAAGCCACAGACAGGCGAAGAUGCCUUCAUAGCAACCGUAAUCAACACUCCCACUACGAUCCCGCACCUCCUUACCCUCCAACGAAAGCCAGAUCAGCUCGCACGCCUCCCAUCCAAGGCCCCAUCCCUCCCCGCCCCGCCAGCACAAUGGCCCAAGAUCCCCUCCAGCCAGCCGGCAGAUACAAUCAACAUGAUCUACUUUGCCGAACCAGACCUUAAUGGGCAUCCGGGUGUAGUUCACGGCGGCGUCAUCUCUACUUUACUUGACGAGCUGAUGGCCAUAAGUGUCGCGGCACAUCUGCCCGGUUUCGACUUUGACCAUCCCGAUAAGUCUGGCAAGCUGUAUACCAUGCAACUGGAUGUUCGGUUCAAGAGGCCGGUAAGGGCUGGCGCCCAUGCGGUGUUGAGGACGUGGUGUAUCGGCAAUGAGGGCCGGAAGUGGUGGGUGAGAGCGCAGUUGGUGCAGGAGGAGAACCCGAUCAAGCCUGACGGGGAGAAGGUCGAGUGGGUGAAGAAGAAGUACGUUUGUGCUGAUGCCGUGGGAUUCUUCAUCCUGGUCAAGGAUUCGAAGCUUUGA